CUAAUCGUAUUAAGACAGUUUCUUUCUUUCUUCUAUAUUAAUCAAUCUCCUUGCCCUCUCUGCUUUCUUCAUUCUCAAACUCCAAAUGGAUCGUCUCAAGCUUUCUCUCUCCGUCUUCGCUCUCUUUCUCCUCGUCAUCGUCUCCGCUUCCUCCGACGGCGAUGAUCUCGUGAUCAGGCAGGUGGUUGAAGGAGGAGCCGAGCCCAAGGCUCUGUCCUCGGAAGAUCACUUCUCUCUCUUCAAGAAAAAGUUCGGCAAGGCUUACGCGUCCGUCCAAGAGCACGACUACAGAUUCUCCGUAUUCAAAGCCAACCUCAGGCGAGCGAGGCGCCACCAGAAGCUUGACCCCUCCGCUCGCCACGGCGUCACGCAGUUCUCGGAUCUGACUCAGUCAGAGUUCAGGGAGAAGCAUCUCGGUGUUAAAGGAGGCGGGUUUAAGCUCCCCAAGGACGCCAACAAGGCUCCCAUCCUCCCUACCGAGAAUCUCCCCGAGGAGUUUGAUUGGAGAGAUCGUGGCGCUGUUACCCCCGUCAAAAACCAGGGAUCUUGCGGUUCUUGUUGGAGUUUCAGUGCAACCGGAGCUCUGGAAGGUGCUAACUUCCUCGCUACCGGCAAGCUCGUCAGCCUUAGCGAGCAACAGCUUGUCGACUGUGAUCACGAGUGUGACCCAGAAGAGGCAGGUUCAUGCGACUCUGGUUGCAACGGUGGCCUCAUGAACAGCGCUUUUGAGUACACACUCAAAACCGGAGGGCUCAUGAGAGAAGAAGACUAUCCUUACACCGGAAAGGACGGUACUACUUGUAAGCUAGACAAGUCCAAGAUCGUUGCGUCCGUCUCCAACUUCAGCGUCAUUUCCAUCGACGAAGACCAGAUCGCUGCGAAUCUUGUCAAGAACGGACCUCUCGCGGUAGCCAUCAACGCCGCAUAUAUGCAGACUUACAUCGGAGGAGUCUCGUGCCCUUACGUGUGCAUGAGGAGGCUCAACCACGGUGUCUUAUUGGUGGGUUAUGGAUCGGCUGGUUACGCUCCGGCUAGGUUCAAGGAGAAGCCUUACUGGAUCAUUAAGAACUCGUGGGGAGAGACUUGGGGUGAGAAUGGUUUUUACAAAAUCUGCAGAGGCCGUAACGUUUGUGGCGUUGACAGUCUUGUCUCCACCGUUACAGCCACCGUCUCACCCGCCGCCCAUUAGUUAAACCAGCGAGCUCUUGUUUUAAUAAAUUAACUAACGCUGGUGAUUUGUGUGAGCGAGGACUCUUUGAUUGGCUACCUAUUUCUCUCUGCUUUUUAAAAAGGAUGAUGAAGUUUGUAUUGUAAAUAAAAAUGCAUUUUCUCUAUCAAAUCCCCAUACAGUGACAGUCGCUGUUGAUUUGAGUUAUUGAAUGCAAGAAGCACAACGUUCUUA